AUGUCAUCACAAUCAUCUCCAGCUCAGGCUGCGCAAGAGCAGACCGCAGCCAACGGCGCUCCCUCGUAUCGAGUACAUCCUGGAAUGUCUGCUCGGGUGCCCUCGGACAAGCCGGUGCCACCCACACCACCAUUCGCAUCCAAUGGACAGCAACAGCCCCAGCCGCAGCAGAAACCACCAUCGUCGACGACUGCUCCCACCCCUUCGGCGAUGCAUCCCGACAUGGAACAGCGUAAGGGCCAAUGGGUUGGGCGAGUCGAAGACGACGCUUCCCGUGUAUACGAGCCUCACUCGAAGCCUAGGGAAGUGUUCUUGCGUGUUCGUAUCCAGACGAUCGAAAAGGCCAAAAAGGACUUGCUCGUCCGCUUCGAUGCGAUCACCAAUCUUGCUCACUUCCGAGCUUCAUCCUAUCCAAGUAUCACCCGUACCUAUCGCGAACUAUGCCUUUAUGCUCUCGCCCUCUCGCUGUCGAGCCCAGCCAUCAUUGUGCCAGCAUUACCCUUGCCCUCGACAACCGCAAGUGGUUUGGAAGACACGCGCAUCCUUCGUCUCAUGCUCGGCAGGUGGUUCUCUCGCGUUUUGGCAGAACCUGCACUACGAGACCAUCCAGAGACUCGAACCUUAAUCGAAGCCGACUUCGCCUACUCGCCCACCCCUCCAGGCACCGGCAGCUCUUCAGCAGCUCGUAAACGUUUCGCAAACGCCAUGACAAGCGCUGCCUCCGUUGCUUACGGCGGCGUCGAUGCAACCGGUGGUCUCCCCAACGGCGUGCUCGCAACAUCCGCUUCUGUUGGUUCCCGCAUCAGUAGUGGUGGUUUUGGCAUCCUCGGUCUCGGCGGCAGCUCCAAAGGUCUCAGCACUUCUAGAAGCGUCUACGAUGACGACGAGGAUCUUGUGGCUGCUCGAGCCGAGGUCACUCGUCUCGAGAUGCAGUUUGCCGAUGCUGCCGAAGCGUCGGAAAAGCUCGCUCAUUCGCGCCGCACGCUCACUCUAGCGCUCACCGACCUAUCUGUUAAGCUCAACAACCUCGGUGCUGUAGAGGAGAUCCGUCCACCGUCCUUGCGCCUUGGUCUUCCCUAUGUGCUCAAACGCACCGCCUACACUGCACGCAGUCUUGGCGAGCUGCAAGAUGCACUCAGUAAUACCGAGCUCUUAACCAUCGGUGACGCUGUCGCAUAUCAGUCCAUCAAUGCAAGAGCUGCCAAAGAGGCCAUGCUCGCCCGCAACGCUCUCGUCGAAGAACACCACAACGCACAGAAGGCGACCGUCAACAAAAAGAGAGAGGCCGAGCAUCUCAAGAUGCAGCGCAACCUGCGUGCGGAUCGAGUUGAUGACGCUCUCGAAGAGCUCGAGGAAGCAAAAAGACACGAGCACGCACUUGCAUCGCAUCUCAAGAAAAUAAGCCAGGAGCUACACAAGAGCUUGCAGAGGCACAGUAGAUAUGCGCAUCAAGAUCUACAGCAGGCGCUUACGGAGCAUGCUAGGGGUAGCGUCAUGUUCUCGCGCCAGUUGCUGAAAGAGUUGAAGGGUCUUAAGACUGAGUUGGACGAUUCGGUGAGGAGGCCAGAUGGACCGCCAAGUAGGAUUCAGACGCCGCAGAGGUCAUCACAGACGACAGCACGCCCUCCAUUUGCUCACCUUGACUCGGAUCGGAGCACUGUAUCGCAACAUCAGCCUUCUGUCGUUCAGUCUGGAUCCGACGUACCAUCCUUAGCUGGACCGAGUGACGCUGGAUCGAACAGCGAUAGACCACCAUCGACACUGCAACCGGAAAACAUGGUUCGGUGGUCGAGCGCUGCAGCAUCUACAUCGCAAAAUGCUUCGCCAUCCCCGCCGCAGCCGUCACUGCAUUCGCCCAUGCCGGCUCUUCCAAACGCGUGGUCUGGGAGUUCUCCCAUGGGCACGCCAGACCUUUCGCAGUCGUUGCCUGACUCAGCGAUCGACUCACCUUCUCGCGCCAGUGCGCCAGGCAAUCCUUUCGCUUCUGGGUUUGCCGCUGGAUCCCAGUCCAUGUUCCUCGACCGGUCGAGCGAGCAGAAGGCGCGGCCGAAUCCGUUCGGCACGCUCAACUCGGGCGCCUCGGGUACAGCUAGUGGCAGAUCCAGGAUCUCGGCGUCGGAAGCGGCGAGAAGUCUGGCUGGCAAAUUUUGA